GAGGCCGAACCAAAAGGAGUGCUAUAUGGAAGCGCUAAGAGCCUCAGACGGAGACGAUUCUCCCGACUCCGACUCUGAGUCCAAUCCCACCCCUCCACAGCCGUCAGCUUCUACAUCCAUUACUGAAGAGACAACAGUGGUCCCUCUGCUUCCACCUCCUAUUUCACUCCUUCACCCGCCCAAUUCUCUACUUCCUUUGAACUCCUUGUCAAGCAGUCAAGUCAAUCGCGUUCGAAGCUUUCCUCACGUUGAAGGCAAUUAUGCUUUACAUGUCUACAUCCCCGUUUAUGUACCACCUACAACAAGGAAGGAGCUGGCCCGUAUUCUAAAGAAGGUCACAGCGCUUGUACCUCGUCUACAUGCUGUUGAUGUUGAUAUACCAUUGAGUGGUUUGUUGAAAGAUGAGGCCCUGCUUGAACAAGUGGUGUUGGGUAGAGAGUUUCACAUUAGUUUGGGUAGAACUGUCCCAAUCCUUGUGCAUCAGAUUAAUUCAAUUGUCUCCAUGCUACACCAGAAGCUUCAGUUUCAGAGGAGGUGUUUGAUAGAUUUUAACAAAUGGGAGAUCUUUGUCAAUGAUGAUUCAACUCGCACAUUCAUGUCACUGGAAGUUGUAGCAGGAGGCUUAGCCCAGGCCUUUGACAAACUUAAGUCCAAGCUGCUUCGCCGUGAGGCCAGGCUGCGGAAAGCUUUGGAUGGGGAGAAAUCUCACAGGCUUCUUUGCCCGAGAAGGGGAGAUGAGCUGGUAUACCUGCGGUAUGAGGCGGAUCGAAGUCGGAACUACGAGGGCUAUCUCGAAAGACAGCUGCAGAGUAAAAUGGAGGACCUGGAACGACUUUGGGGCGAAGUUGGCCAGGUUAAGCGUGAGCGUAACGAGCUAGAAGCCCAAGUUGCAGCCCAGAGGGAUGUUUUGGCCAAGGCUUCCGACCUUGAAGUGCAAUUUCGGAACGUUUCGCGCAAAUAGCCCGGUCCGAACAAGCAUGAUUGCGAGGCUCGAGUAUGAAAUUUUAAAGAUGAAGGCAGAGGUUGUGAUGCUCGGACUGAAGCCGAAGUGGUCCGAACCAAGGCUGAUAAGAAUGUGGCCGUCUUUUUGCAAGACGCCGCCGACGCUCGAGCUGAGCUGAGAAGGGCUCUCGACCGGGAGAGUAGGAGCAAAGAGUAUGUUAGUUGUAAAUCUCAGAGGGAAACCCUCGAGGAGAUCCAUGCCAGGGGCUUCGAUCUAUCGAAAGAGAUAGAGCAGGCGAAGGCGGACGAAUAUGACGCUAAGUUCCUUCUGUCCGAUACCGAAGAUAGCGAGGAAGAGGCCGACGGGCCACAGUCCCCGAGGGGGACGUAGAUUAGGCCUUCCUUUUCUGACUUUGUGUAUAGUGCUUUCAAAAUACAUUGUAA